AUGACUGCAUUUCGCUACGGCACGAUGUUAAGCCAUCUCCACAACGCUCUCACCCUCUCGUUGCAGAGCAAGUCUUCUGUCUCGGUUUGGAUCAACGAUGAUAUCCGACCGCUGCCCCCAUCUCGUCGUACCUGGUCAACCCUGACUUUUAUCGGCUGGUGGUCGGUUUGGCAGCUGAGUCUGACCAACUGGCAGCUGGGUGGCGCGUUGGUGGCCUCAUCUUUGUCUGUCUGGCAGACCAUGGUCGCUGUCAUCCUAGGCAGAAUCAUCGCGGCGAUUGUCGCGAUCCUGAUCGGUUACAUUGGAGCCGAAUGGCACAUAGGAUUUCCAGUCUACUCCAGGGUGAUAUGGGGGGUCUUUGGCGCUUUCCUUCCCACCUUACUUCGGAUCGGGCUUUCCGUUGUUGGCUUCGCGUUUCAAUCCUAUACCGGUGGACUAUGUGUGACUGCUAUCCUGGCCGCUAUCUUUCCUUCCUUCUAUCGGAUGAAGAAUAGCCUCCCCAUAUCAGCCCAUGUCACGACCCAGCAAAUCAUCGGGUGGGCCAUAUUCAAUAUCAUAUCAAUUCCAGUACUGUACCGACGACCGGAAAGAAGUGAGAGAAUAAUGAUCGGCAUGAAUGCAGUCUCUUUUGCCUCUUUGUUGGGAAUCAUGAUCUGGUCCUUGUCCCGGGCCCACGGUGCAGGAGACCUGAUUCACCAGAACUCGCAGCUGCAUGGUAGUGCUGCCUUGGGGUUUGGAAUUAUGCAGGCAGUGACCACAGUGGUAGGGACUCUUUCAAUUGCCCUGACAAGUCAGAUGGACUUUUCCCGAUUUGCCCGGAAGCCCAGUGAUCAGGUCUUUGGGCAGUGGUUCACGUUCGUCAUCAUAGGCUCGAUUAUGCCUCUCUUUGGGUGUCUCACCAGCUCUGCUACCCAGGCCAUUUACGGACAAGCCCUUUGGAAUCCUCCUACCAUUCUCGCCAUGUGGUUGGAGAGGGAUUAUAGCUCGACCUCUCGUGCUGCAGCAUUUUUCUCUGGGCUGGGGCUUGUCACCUCGCAGCUUGCACUAAAUGUCGUGGAUAACGGCUAUUCUAUGGGAAUGGACCUCUCUGGGCUCCUCCCAAAAUACGUCAACAUCCGGCGAGGAUGCUUUGUUGGCCUGAUACUUGCCACCGCUCUUUGCCCCUGGGAGCUCCUCGCCUCCGCCACCACUUUUGUCGGCGUAAUUUCGUCCUUCUCCAUCUUUAUGGCACCAUUCUGUGGAAUUCACAUCAGUGAUUACUGGAUCAUUCGUGAUCGACGUCUCAAGCUGUCAGAUCUAUACCACGCCCGGCCAGACGGUGUCUACUUUUAUACCAUGGGGAUGAACUGGCGCAGCGUGUUUCCGUGGCUGGUCGGAUGGGUACCCCUGCUGCCGGGAUUCCUGCACAGCAUUCGCCCUACUAUUCACGUACCGGUGGGCGCGGAUCGACUUUAUGCGCUGGGGUUCCCGUACGGCCUGUUGUCGUCGUUGAUCGUAAAUACCCUGAUCAACAAGCUUUUUCCGCCCCGUGGACUUGGAGAAAUUGAUCAGGAGGAUGUAUUUGGAACUUUUACAGCAGGGGAAGCCGCGGUGUUGGGGAUCCAUCAAAAUGCAAUGCAGGACAGUGAGAUGACGCCAGAGCAGAGAUCAAGCCUGGAACGACAGGAGAUUGAGGGUAUGAAAGCGUAG